UAUUUUUGCAAUUUUUUUGUUGUUUUCCCACCUGUUCUUCUUUAGAGAGAGACAGAGAAGCAACAAAAACAAGCACCGAAAAAAACAAGAGGAAGAAAACAGCAUGGUCGUUGUAGAGCAACAGCCAUGAACAAGAAGAGCAAUCAGAGCUCCGACAGAGAAGAAAACCACUCCAGGAAAGAAAGCGCCAUCUCAACCCCAGAUUCCAGAUUCAACCAAACCCUCAGAAAUGUUCAAGGGUUGCUCAAAGGUCGUAGUAUUCCCGGUAAAGUCUUACUGACUAGGAGGUCAAACCUGCUGGAUCCUUCAAAAUUACAAGUGCCCUUACCAAAUUACGAAAGGAGCUUAUCAUUCAAUGAUGCUGAAACAAGUGAUCGCAGAGCCUUGGAGGAAGACGGUGAGGGUCUAGGCAAGCCCAGCAAUAAUGCAAAUUCAAAUAAGUUAACAUCAUCAACCUCAAACGUUGAGAAUAUUUCCAAAGGAGCUCAGAAAUCCACCAUGGGAGCUAGAGCUACUGAUUCUGCAAGAGUUAUGAAGUUCACAAAGGUUCUUUCAGGGACAACAGUGAUAUUAGAGAAGUUGCGUGAGUUGGCUUGGAGUGGCAUACCGCCAUAUAUGCGGCCCGACAUAUGGAGGCUUCUUUUGGGAUAUGCACCAUCUAAUUCAGAUAGAAGGGAGGGAGUUCUAAGAAGGAAGCGCCUUGAGUAUCUUGACUGUGUUUCUCAGUACUAUGAUAUUCCGGAUACUGAGCGUUCAGAUGAUGAGAUAAACAUGCUUCGUCAGAUUGCUGUUGAUUGCCCAAGAACUGUGCCAGAUGUAUCUUUUUUUCAGCAGGAGCAAGUCCAGAAAUCCUUGGAGCGCAUCCUUUAUACCUGGGCCAUUCGACAUCCUGCAAGUGGAUAUGUUCAGGGAAUAAAUGAUCUUGUUACUCCUUUUCUAGUUGUUUUCUUGUCAGAAUACUUGGAGGGGAGUGUGGAUAAUUGGUCGAUCUCUGAUCUGUCUCCUGAUAAAAUAUCUAAUAUAGAGGCUGACUGCUAUUGGUGCCUAUCAAAUUUACUUGAAGGUAUGCAAGAUCAUUACACUUUUGCUCAGCCGGGAAUUCAGAGGCUUGUGUUUAAACUAAAGGAAGUGGUCAGGCGGAUUGAUGAACCUGUAUCUAGACAUGUGGAGGAGCAAGGGCUCGAAUUUCUUCAAUUUGCUUUUCGGUGGUUCAACUGUCUUCUAAUACGCGAGAUUCCUUUCAAUCUUAUUUCACGUCUGUGGGAUACAUACCUAGCCGAAGGAGAUGCAUUGCCAGAUUUCCUUGUGUAUAUAUUUGCCAGUUUUCUUCUAACGUGGUCAGAAGAGCUUCAGAAGCUUGAUUUCCAAGAGUUGGUAAUGUUUCUUCAACACCUUCCGACGCAUAACUGGACUCACCAAGAGCUCGAGAUGGUGCUGUCAAGAGCUUUCAUGUGGCACAGUAUGUUCAAAAGCUCUCCCAGACAUUUGGCCAGCUAAACACAAAUGUAAUAUUCCACCAUCUAUCGACGACUCUGGAAUUUUCUUUUAUCGUAGUUUUCCGUUUCUUUGUUCUUAAUGUGGGUUUCUACAAUUGUUUUCUCCUAUGGUGUCGACCGUUGCUCGUAUUAUGUAUCAGGUGUCUGUAGAUUUUGCAUUUGAGCAGUGGAGGAAGAAGGAUGAAUCACUUUGUAUGAUUUUAUUUUAUUGGAUGGAGCUGAGGGAAACAUUGGUUCUUUGCUA